AUGACUUCGGAGGAUUUUGCUGCUAUGGGACAUAUCAUCGUGGAUUCUAAGGGCAACCAUAUCGGCAGCAACCUCAACGAUAUCGAUACUGCCCAUGUUCGACGGGAUGAUCAGUUCACUGCUUUUCGCCAGAUCGACGAUCCAAACCCCCAUCAGAACUACAUGAUUACCCAGAAGGGCGGGACAGUAGUCAAUUGUCCAGGAACGACAACUUCUGGUCUUUCUCAGGGGUUUUCAUGGGCAGUUUCCGGCGGAAUCGUCGCUUCAUUUCUCAAUGCCGGAUUUUUCGUUAGUGAGACAACAACUGUCUCAAACACGGCAAGCUUCGAGUGUGCCUCCGACACAGAUUCUAUUUGUGUUUUAUUCUACCAAGCUGUGACUGCCUAUACCGUUGAGGUGCAACGAGGAAGUUUUAUGGGUUUCUCCUCCGACAUCUCGUGGUACGAUGAUGGGACGACAGUUAUAUAUGCUCCUAAUUCGGGGUCUCUGGGUAGUACCACGGGUCGUGGUAUAAACGUCAACGCGCGGGGCAUCACACAAUGUUGGGGAGACGAUGACAGAACCGUGACAUUUGCCUGUGGUCCACCUGGAGAUGCUGAUUAUUGGAACUACCAGGAUCCUGGGCCCUGGAACUCUGACUAUGUCGCUAAUAUGGAACCGGCCGGCUGUGCCAUCCCUAUCGAGGCGUUUCGCUUCACUGAUGUGUAG